AUGCAACCGUUACAACUGUUAGGCAUCGGAGCAAUAUUGCUCUGCAGCUUUGGAGCCUUGGUGGAUGGAGCAACGGAAUGUCCAACAAGACCUUACCGUGUGGUGUGUUACUUGGCAAGCUGGUCCAACUACCGUGAGGGCAGCGGAUCGUUCAACAUUUCGUACAUAGUCCCGGAUCACUGCACGCAUUUGGUGUACACGUUUGCCGGACUGAACAUUGGCGGUGGAAUCGAUUCACUUGACUACUACAACGAUAUCAACGUGAACAAGGGCUAUUCGAAGAUUGUUGCCUUGAAGGAGGAGAACCCAUGUCUGAAGGUACUGCUUGCGAUCGGUGGUUGGAACGAGGGUUCGGAAAAGUACUCACUGAUGGCUGAACGUGAAUCGACCCGCGAGGCAUUUGCGGACCAAACGCUCCGCUACCUGGUACACUAUGGAUUCGACGGGUUGGACAUCGACUGGGAGUAUCCCACAAUGCGUGGAGGACUGCCGGAAGAUCGAGAGAACUUCAUUCUGCUCGUGCAAGCGCUGCGCAACAAGUUUGCGCCACGCAGAAAGCUUCUAACGGCGGCCAUCAGUGCGUCGAAGGAGAUCCUGCAGAGUGGUUACGAUCUGCCGAAGCUGUGCGAAGAGCUCGACUUUAUCAACCUAAUGACGUACGACUACUCUAGCGCGGCGAAGGCCGCACUGGAUGCGCCACUCUACGGCGAUUCCUCAACGGGAGAGACGAUUGACACAACGAUCGCAUACGUCAGCAAAAGUGGCUGCCCGAUGAGCAAAUUCACGCUGGGCAUCACGACCCACGCCAAAACGUACACCGUCGUGCCGAGCCGUCUGAUGGCGCCGGGCAUUAGGGCGGUUGGACCGGGCGCACCGGGACCCUACACGCGCAGUGCUGGCACGCUCGGGUACAACGAGGUGUGCGAGAUGCUGAAACCGAACGGGACCGCUCCGAUGCAAUGGGUUGUGAAGGCGAUGGCCCAGAAUGCCGUCAAGUACGCGUACCGUGACGAUCAGUGGCUAACGUUCGACGGUGUCGAAACGGUCGCUACGAAGGUGAAGUACGCGAUGGAUAAAAAGUUGGGCGGGAUCAUGUUUUGGACGAUCGAUACGGACGACUUUCAGGGGGACUGUCAUAACGAGGCGUACCCGCUGCUGCAAACCGCUCUCCGGAUGCUGGGCUACGGGAAGAAACUCUGA